AUGUAAAUUUACACAUGUGCUUCCGAAGUUGCUACACAAGGAUUGGUGUUGUUGCGGCACGUUGACUAAAAAGAACAUGCGACCACUAACUGAAGAAGAGACCAAAACAUUUUUCGAAAAGCUGUCUAAGUACAUCGGUGAAAACAUCAAGUUGUUGAUAGACAGACCAGAUGGUACCUACUGCUUCAGACUGCACAAGGAUAGGGUUUAUUAUGUCAUGGAAGAGACGAUGAAGAAGGCAGCAAACAUUUCCAGAGAAAAUUUGGUCAGCUUUGGUACUUGUUUUGGAAAAUUUACCAAAUCAGGAAAGUUUCGUUUGCACAUUACUGCUCUGGACUUUCUGGCACCGUAUGCAAAGUAUAAAAUCUGGGUGAAACCCAGUGCAGAACAGCAGUUCCUCUAUGGCCACCAUGUGAUGAAGUCUGGUCUUGGAAGGAUCACAGAAAACACCCCCCAGUACCAGGGGGUCAUAGUGUACUCCAUGAGUGACCUACCACUGGGUUUUGGAGUAGCUGCCAAGUCGACAGAAGACUGCAGACGGGUGGACCCAAUGACAGUAGUCACAUUCCACCAAGCUGACAUUGGGGAAUAUAUACGAAGUGAGGACACGUUGACUUGAAACAUUACCAGACUCUUAUUUAAUUUAAUCCAUGUUUAUCUCAAUAAACUGAAUGUAUUUCAGUUGCCUGAAAGCAUUUGUCUGAAUGAGCUGGCCCAGUGUAU